GUUGGCUCAUCCUUCCAAUGCCCAUCGUCCUCUAUCACUCCGACACUGUCACGCCCGGUCGCCGGUCACCGGUAACCGCCCUUAUCCUCCACCCACAAUUUUCAAUGCCCAGACCAUAAAUCUCAUCUGAAAACAAAAACGUGAAGUGAAUAGGGAAUUUUACUGAGUAUUUGCUCAUAUUCCCUAAUUCCUACUAUUGACAAUGAUAUUCCGGCGAUCAGUUGUUAAACUACUCGGGGGACUCGGGAAAUCGUCAUAUAUUGCGUUAUUUCUGGGGAAAAGUAAAAAAGCUCCCAUCUUCCCAUCUAAUGCAGUUCUCCAGUCUAUUAGGCAACAAGGUUACGGAGGUGAUAGUUGGCAACAAUUCAAAUGGAUAUUUCUAUUUGGACAAGCUGCAAUCAUACUGGGAGGGCAAUCUACUUUUGCGAUGGCUGAAGAUGUGUCAACUCCUCUACGUUCCAAAGAGGCAGAUGAGGUUACAGUAGCUGGAUUGCAAAAAAUUGAGGAUGGUUCUAUCACAUCAAAUGUUCACACUCAAAAGUGGAGAGUCUUCACAGAUUCUGGGAGGGAUUUAUUCUUACAGGGAAAGUUGGAGGACGCCGAGAAACUUUUCCUUGCUGCUAUUGAAGAAGCCAAAGAAGGUUUUGGGGAAAGGGAUUCACAUGUAGCAUCUGCUUGCAAUAAUCUGGCAGAGCUGUAUAGAGUAAAAAAGGAAUUUGGCAAAGCAGAACCACUCUAUCUGGAGGCAAUCAGUAUUCUCGAGGAGUCAUUUGGACAAGAUGACAUACGGGUUGGGGCAGCCCUUCACAAUUUAGGCCAAUUCUACCUUGUGCAACGAAAUUUGAAUCAAGCCCGUGUUAGCUAUGAGCGCUCUUUAAAGAUAAAGAGGCGGGUCUUGGGGGAAGCUCACCCUGACUAUGCUGAUACAAUGUAUCAUCUUGGAACUGUUCUGCGCAUCCAAGGGAAAGAGGACUCUGAGGAUCUUGUUUUGGAAUCUAUUCGAAUUCUAGAGGAAGGUGAUCAAAGUGAAUCUAUCAUAUGCGCCAAGAGGAUGUGGCAUCUUGCUGAGAUGUAUUUGAAGUCCAACCGAAUUGCUGAGGCAGUGAACUUACAGAGAAAGAUCUUGCAUACUAUGGAACUGUCAAAGGGAUGGGGUUCACUUGACACCAUAGCUGCUGCAGAACGCCUUGCCCUAUCUCUUCAGAAUUUGGGGAGCUUAACUGAUGCUCAGAAGCUUCUAGAAAGAUGUCUUGAUGCUCGGAAAGCUCUACACUCUGAAGAUCACAUUGAGGUUGCAUGCAAUAUGCUUCACAUUGCUAGACUGAAGAUGCUCAGCUCCAACAAACUAAGGAAGACAAAUAUUUAUCAAGCAACCACUGAGCUUGAUAUGGCAAAGGAUCUUUUAAGCAAGUCAAUAAGGGUAGCUCGAGAAUUUCUAUCUCAACCACCAAAAGGGAUAGGACACCAGAAGUCCUUUGGAGUACCCAGGCAAACUGGAAGAGACAGACAAAUGGCGCUAAUGGUCCUGUUGCAAUCACUUAAUGCUCUUGCUCAGUUGGAGGUUACAAAGGUGGAACUUCAGGAAUCAAAGGUGGAUGGUUGUGUUAUUAGAGAAGCUGAGAGUGCUCUUCGUCAAUGCAUUUCUGCUUUCAGGGAGUAUGAGGGAGAGAAAUCAGCGAGUGAUAUGGUGCCUCAAGUCAAAGCAGAGUAUCUAUCAUGCUUGACGUAUCUGUGUAGCAUAAUAAACGGCAAUGGCAAAACUCAACAGAUCACUGAUCAUCAAUCCAGAAAAGCAGAUCUACAAGAGCUAAAACAUGAAAUUAAGCGGGUUGAAGGAGAACUCAGCCGAAGAAAGAUAUAGAGAAGCAUGAUUUAAAAUGGUUAAUAUUAUUUGUUCUUUAUAUUACAUACCCUUGAAUAAAUAAAUGAUUGGAUACACGCACACAUAUAUAUGGAGUAUUGAGAGCUUCAAACCAUAAUGGCAGCCUGUUCCCCCCUCAUGGGGUUUAGUUUUUCCGCCGCUCUGUGCAUUUUUAAGAUUCAAUUUUCUGUUUUUGGUGUUGUGAUUUUGGCAAGAAGCAGCACAGGAGGAAGUGUGCCACACAAUGUUUGCAGAUUUGGGAAGAUUGUAUGGAAAGAUGGUCUAUGAUGAUGAAGAUGAAAGUCUUGUUAUUAUACACAUUGUACAAAAAUGUUCGCAAAGCGAGUGUUGCUGGGCCUAGGCUGGGCAGGACCGUCUAGGUUACUAUUCCACUGGAGGUACGGCGAUUAUGGGGCCAAUUUUACCGGAAUCACCAAGUUAGAGGAUGACAUGAAGGAGUGUGGUUAGCGGCUUUGGUGAUCCGUCAAGGAGUGAAGCUUAAUCAGAAUACUAUGUCUAGUAUCUGCUGUAAUUUUUUGGCCUGAUUGUAGUCUUGUUUAUUCUUAGGAAUUUACUAUUAACCAUUUCCCAUAUGUGCGUGUCUAAUGUGUAUAGUGCAGUUCGAGUAAGAAAAGCGUUUACAAAAGGAAUGUGGAACCUUUACUUUUAACUAGG